GAAAAGGCGGGGGAAAAAAGUCAUGUGAUAAGGAAGGUUGUCCUUUUUUCUUUUUUAAAGGAGCUCCUUUUCUUUAAACAAACAAAAAAAAAAACUUCACGUGAUCUGAUCCGACUGUUCAAACUGAGGGGAGAAAGGCCGGUGGAUCUUCCUUAUUCCCAGCCAUGGGAUCCCAGCAGCAAUCUUAUGCUGAUACAGCUCCAAUUUUAACCCAGGCAGAUGAUACUGAAGGUGAAGGAAAAGACGAUCUUCAGCCAGGGCACAUAGGGAAAGAAGAAGUACAGGCCCUGACAGGGAUAUCCUCUCAACAUGCAGGCCUUAUUGUGGGGGUACUCUUUUUUAUUAAUCUACUGAACUACAUGGAUCGCUUCACUGUGGCUGGUGUUCUUCCUGACAUUGAGAAUUUUUUUAAUAUAGAUGAUAGCAAAUCAGGACUGCUACAGACAGUUUUUAUUAGCAGCUACAUGGUACUGGCACCUAUUUUUGGUUACUUGGGUGAUCGUUACAAUCGUAAAUAUCUGAUGUGUAUAGGAAUCUUCUUCUGGUCUAUUGUGACUCUAGGGAGCAGCUUCAUCCCCAAGCAGUUCUUCUGGAUGUUGCUACUUACACGAGGCCUAGUGGGUGUGGGAGAGGCUAGCUAUUCAACUAUUGCCCCCACCAUUAUUGCUGACCUGUACUUGGGUGACCGGAGAUCCCGCAUGCUUAGCAUUUUCUACUUUGCUAUACCUGUAGGCAGUGGACUGGGUUACAUUGUGGGAUCAAAGGUGAAAGAUGUGGCUGAUGACUGGCAUUGGGCCUUGCGGGUGACUCCAGGUUUGGGAGCAUUAGCUUUGAUAUUAUUGAUAACUGUAGUGCGUGAACCACCCCGAGGAGCUGUAGAGACACUCACUGAUGCUCCUCUUCAUUACACUUCAUGGACAGCUGAUUUGAGAGCCCUGGGCCACAACCGUAGCUUCGUGUUGUCAUCACUAGGAUUCACUGCCGUGGCAUUUGUAACAGGCUCCCUAGCAUUGUGGGCACCUGCAUUCCUGUACCGCUCACGGUUGGCCACGGGAAAUCUCCCACCUUGCCCUAGUGGUAAGGUAUGUCAUGCAGACACUGAUAGCCUUAUCUUUGGUAUUAUCACUUGUGUGACUGGUGUCCUGGGCGUUACUGCUGGAGUGGAGAUUUCAAGACGCUGGCAUCGCAUCAAUCCCCGUGCUGAUCCGCUAGUGUGUGCCAUUGGUCUGCUUGGCUCUGCCCCCUUCCUGUUCCUGGCUGUCAUCUUUGCUCAGCAGAGCAUUGUUGCCACUUAUGUAUUUAUUUUUAUUGGUGAAAUACUCCUUUCCCUCAACUGGGCCAUAGUGGCAGACAUGCUUCUGUAUGUUGUCAUCCCAACUCGCCGUUCCACAGCUGAAGCUUUUCAGAUUCUGUUGUCCCAUCUUCUGGGUGAUGCAGGGAGCCCUUAUCUUAUUGGUUUGAUUAGUGACCAAAUCCAGAGCGAUCGCCCCGUUUCAUUGCUGUCACAGUUCCGAAGCCUGGAAUAUGCACUUAUGGUCUGCAGCUUUGUGGGUGUUAUUGGUGGUGGUUUCUUCCUCGCUACGGCUUGUUUCAUUCAGGCAGAUCGUAAACGGACAGAGCUAUAUGUACAAGGUCAGCUGCACGAGUCUUUGGAAGGGGAGGACCGCAUUGUUGUUCCUCAGCGUGGGCGAUCAACAAAAGUUCCUGUCUCCAGUGUCCUUAUCUGAAGUUUCACCGCGAUUCUGCUUCAGUUUUGGAAACUUGAACAGAUUUGUAUUUGGCAGUUGAGGAAACAGAGAGAGAGAGAGAGAGAGAGAGACUCUCUUAAAGGCACCAAGGCAGGAUUAUGGACAACAGGACAUGAAAUCACAAAUUUUUUGCUAUGUAUAUAGGACUUUUUUAUAAAUCACAAACACUAUUCAGAGUUGUGUGGUGUUUCUCAGAUGAAUGAGGGUGAAAUAGCAAAAAACCAUCUACUUAAUUUCCAACUUUUAUUUGGAUGAUUUUAUUUUUAUUUCAUUUAUUUUUUUUCCCUGCAUUGUGAAAUUCAAAGCAACUUGUGCAAAAGGUUUACAAAGUAACUGAAAAAAUCAGUCUUCAAUAGCCUUGGGUUUUAAGAAAAAUGAAAUCUUCCAGAUCACAUCUGUGCUUUUAUACAAAAGGCUUUUAUUUGCAGUCUCCCUUCAUAUAUUUUUACAGAAUUUUUGGAUCUCCAUUUUUACAAACCUAUGAAAUAUUCUGAUAGAAGCUGACCAUCUAGAUGCCCCUUGCCCCCCCCCCCCCCCCCCAAAAGGAGAAAACCAGUAUUCAUGACAAAGUCGGUGUUAGGAGGUGCUCUUAAAAAAUCACACUAUAACGUAUCAGUUAUAUUUUACUUGAGAAGCUAAAAAGGUUUGCAUCUCUAUUAAGAUGUCAUUGUCUACUUCUGAAGUAUGAAAACUUGCAUGAAAAACGUUGCAUAAAUGGUUGUAGCCUCAGACUCCUAUUUAAUAUUUUUGUUCCUAACAUAUCGUUGCUUCUGAACAUUGGAAUGAAUGAAGAUGGGCAAGGUUUGGAUGACUGAUAUCUUGUUUUGUACAACCAAGUCUUUUUUGGGGUGGGUGGGGGAAUAUCAUCCAUAACCUGAUUAGUUUCAGCUGCUCCCUCUCUUACUUUUUAAUGCUUAUUGUUAUAUAUUACUUGCAGUUCUCCUGGCAAUCUGGCUUCUGCUCCUGGCGUUAAGUGCAGGGGUUUGUUUCAUUUGUCACUUUGAAGUGUAAUGUAGUUGCUAGCUGCAUUUUGUCUUUACUUUGAGGAGAAGAAGCUUAAAUAAAAAGGCUUCCUGCAAAGACAUCAGUGAAAGACAGUGGUUGUACUUUAACUAUAGGUGGUGUUUUUUUAAAUAAUUUGUAAUGUAAAUGGAUUAGAACCAUUACAGUCAAUUAUGGAUUAAUUUCAGUAUGCUUCAAUGUAAAA